CUUAAUUGAGAUAUUGAAGCCCUUUGGCCACCCAACCUGAAUGAAACACCUCAACCAUAAUUCCUAGCCAAUUCUCUCUCAUACGAACAGUUGGACGUAGCUGCUACCUCAAUCAUGGCUUCGAGAAUAUUACUCGGCGGAGCUCGAAGCGUCUCCGCGACUACCGCCCCUCUGCGCGUCGCUACCCGAAGCUUCCACGCGACACCACGAUCACUAGCCGAAGCGACGGCCACUCCCUUACCAGUUCGCAAGCCCGUGGGCGCUUUUCGUGGAGGGCUCUUCGGCUUCCUCCUCGGUUCGACACUUGCUGGUGCCGGUGUUUACGGUUACGUCUUACGAGAAUACAAGGCCUCGAACGAGCUAUUGACGGAGGAUAUCUAUGCUCUACAGGCUGCUUGCCAACGACUAAACACAUACGUCCAACAACUGGAAGAGAAGAUGGAUGCGGUGGAACGAAAAAAGAAAUGAGCGGGCGUUCGGCUGGUAUGGAAUACGGGUAUGAAUGAAUGGAUGGAUUGUGAUGAUGUAGGAAUAGGGUGCCGUAUAUGCAUUUCUCGGCGAGCAAGCCAGCACGCAAGAGCUGGUCACAUCAAAAAGAACUUGACAUUUUUUUCUGCUAGCAGGGAGUUCAGUGACGGCAAGACUGUACAAAACAUAAGCACACAAGUAAUGGUUUCUGCAGGGCUUUGGAACGAUGCAUAUCUCUCAUGCCACUCAAUUUCUCAAUCCCAAAGAUUGUACAUUGUACAUUACAAGGCGAAGCUACUUCCAAGUUCCUUUUUCCGAAAAGAGAGUAUAUAUUCUUUCUACUGCAAUACGCUACUUCCUAAGUUUGAUCGUACCGGU